AUGACGAACGCCCGGGAGGCUCCGGAGCCGGCUGAGGCGUAUGAUGUCCCAAGCUUGAAAAAGCGGGCCUUCGAAGAGAUCAGGAGGCAUCUCUUGGAGAUCAUGAGGAGGUUGCUACUUCUGGCUUGGGAAAAGGGAGAUCCGGAACUCAUGGUCUGCCGGGUGACGAGUGCCAGGUUGCAUUUGCCGCCGCGGAAGAGAUUUCAGGCGGGCGGCAAGAAGAAGAACAGGUUGACCAUCCUCAUCGGUGAGGAUCCCAAGAAUAUCCUAGUGGUGGAAGAGAAUGGAGACAAGGCUGCCCGGAGGACAAAGGCCACAGAUUUGGAAAGCCUGCUCUAUGCGGAAAAACCGAUGGAGGUGGACUGGCGGAAGAAGUUGAAGGUGUUGCCGCGCGCUGUACGACCACAUGACCACCACUGGCCAGGUGCCUACAGAACGGCAGACGCUCCUAGACUUGCUGUCGGCAAACGAGCUGGUGGAAGGUGGGAUCGUGAAGAUCCGGUGGACACCCACCUUCAAGCAGCACGCCGACAUGUUGACGAAGGAAGUGGGUUGCGAGCUGUACGCAGAGUUCCGUAG